CCCGCGGGUCUCCACGUCUCAUUGCCGGUGACAGUGGCCACACAAGUCCCUUCUUGAACCUGCGGGCGAUGGCGCCUGCCUCGGGGGCUGUGCAGCUGGUGGUGCUGGUGGCUGCCAGCAUGCAGUUCCAGUGCGCUCAGUUGCUGACGCUCGACCAGGCUUCGGCUGCAAUUGGCGGCCGUCACGGGAUCACCGUCCUCUCCAGCUCUCACUCAGAUGCAGUGACACUGUCUAAAGCAAUGAUGAGGGAUCGGCGUCUGUGGGUGACGUCAGCCGCUCACACCAGCAUUUGCUGCGUAGCCAGGAUAAUAGUAGCCCCACAUUACAACAGCACUUGGAACGGCUUUCAUGAGGUGAUCCGGCGAGAACGCUGGGAGCCGCAGCUGCCGGUGGUAAAUAUCAGCUACUCAACCCAGAUGACAUGGCACACAGGAGAGGUCAACAAGAACCUGACUGACGUCCAUUUCAGAGCCAUCGUCGUGGUAACCAGCACUCAAACGGACAAUCUACAUGAAAGACUUGUCAGCGAAAGAGAGAAACAUCUAGACCCACUUGCGAGAUUUAACUAUGCUCUUUUCUUGCACCUGAGAGAGGUGUACAACUUCACGUUCAGCGUCCAAGCAACACGGUCUUGGGGAUACAAGACGAAAGCAGGGCGAUUUGAUGGUAUGAUGGGAGUGAUACAGCGAAAUGAGGCCGACAUUGGAGCCUCCUCUGCACUUAUCAAAAAAGAAAGACUCGAAAUUGUGGAUUAUGCUGGCCACACUUGGAAAUUUUGUAUUGACGAUCUUGAAAGGCAGCACUUCACAACACAUGGUAUGCAUUUAAAUAAAUGGGGCAAAUCGCUGCUCAGUCAAAAGAUCAAAAUGUUAGUGGAUAGUGUUUCUCCUAGAUGUGAGAAAAGUGAUCCUAUUCCACUACCACUGAUAAAGGACGCCUGCAAAGUAUCUUCCCUACCAUGUACUCCAGUUGCAGCAGUAACACAACAUCAGGUAUCACUGAUUACAAAAGAAUGUGGUGGGAGAGAAGAAGCUGUAACUACAGUUACAACAGGUAGAACACCUCAUUCAGGAACUAAGAUAACAGAAACAGCAAAAGUGGCAGCAUAUUCAGCUACAAGUGUACCAACAGGUGAUCCAGCUGUUCAUUCUGCAGCAACAUUUGAACUACCUACAGUGGGAAUCCAGCCACUUAGAUCACGUCAUGAACAAGAAGAAGAGAAGAGACCUCCAAGAAGAACAACAGACAAACUUGGAAGAGAAUUAAUUCAUCGUAAGAAACCAGAAUUUGUCCAGUUGUCAGACGGAGUAAUCAAAAUCAGGAAAGGUUUUUUUGCCUUCCACACUGAAGGAGGUAGUGUAUUUCGCUUGGCAGCAAUGACUUUUACAGAAAGUCAGAAAUGUGCUCUCUCAGAUGUCGCACUUUUUACACCAGCAGUCAUGAGCAUGCCAGUGAAGAAAAAAUCACCUUUGCGAGAGUUAUUUGCAAGAGGGCUUCUACUUUUGUCAGAAUAUGGCAUGAAAGUGAGACUGGAAAAAAUAUGGCGUGCUCCUCGUCCAGUGUGCAGCACUAGUGGAGAUGUUCAGGCAGUGGAAUUUUCAAGCUUGCUACCAGCAGAGUUACUUAUUCUGUCUGGAACACUUACUUCAGUGGCAAUCCUGUUUGCUGAACUCAUUUGCCAUAGGUAA